CACACCUCGCAGACGCGCACACAGGACACACGCUGGUGUCGGAGCGGAGCGCAGGCUGCACGGAGCCGCUACCAGAGAGACAUAGCAGAGAGGAGCGGCGCUGCAGGAGGUGGCAUGACAUGAACGCUCUUUUUAAGAAUCCACAGCGCACCACUUUUUCUUUAUUCUUCUGUUACUUUUGUGCCUCGUUCAGAAGCAGCUGCUGACACUCGGACUGAGGUUUCCAGGGCUUUGGAAAAGCUGUUUUCUGUGGACUUUAGCUGCCCACUACGAAGCCCCUGCAGGAACCUCGUGUGCGCAAAAUACGCGGGGACGCAUAGAAGGAGAUACGCGGACAGGGAAGCCUCUCAGUCGGAACUUGACGCACCCUGGAGCCGCUGUCCAGACUCUCUGAAGCGCAGAUCUCGCCCGAAGCCUCCCAGGUGCGGAGCGCACGCAGUAUUGAUCACGGAGUUUGUUUGUUCACUGUUUUUUUUGGAUGAGUGUCAGUGGCAUCGCUCCGCUAAAUGGACAGACGUAGAAGGGCUUCGCUGAUCACAUUUUCCCAAUUUCCUCAAUGACAUGUAGUUGGCACACAGUUUUCUCCACCAAUGGUUUAAUAAACAUCGUGGGAUUCUUACUAAAGUGGUUCAGUUCUGACUGCUGCCAGAGGUUUUUGGUUCCGAUCGGGUGUGGAUUUUUUGUUGGAACGGCAGCGUUUCUAUCCUACGAGGUGGGAACAUUAGAUACUUAACGCACCGAACAAGUUUUUUUUUUUUUUUUCGCAUCCUCCAAGAUGGAUUUUGUGUCGUCGGUGUUUGGAUUUUUAAUGGCAAUGUGUCAUCUGGCGUUGAGAGUCAAAGGAGAAGACGUGCCAGAGUGCGGAGGCGUCCUGGAUGCCAGCGAGGCCGGUUACAUCACCUCCCCUGGUUAUCCUCUGGAGUACCCUCCUCACCAGAACUGUCACUGGAUCAUCACGGCGCCGGAGCCCUCGCAGCGCAUCGUCCUCAACUUCAACCCUCACUUCGAGAUCGAGAGGCUCGACUGCAAAUACGACUACAUAGAAAUCCGGGAUGGGAUUUCAGACACGGCAGACGUUUUGGGUCGACACUGCAGCAACAUCGCCCCGGCGCCCAUCAUCUCGUCCGGACCGUCCCUGCAGAUCAGAUUUGUGUCGGACUACGCCCAUCAGGGGGCGGGCUUCUCUCUGCGCUAUGAGAUUUUCAAAACAGGGUCAGAGUUCUGCUUCCGCAACUUCACCAGCUCCUCCGGCAUGAUCGAGUCCCCGGGAUUUCCAGAUAAAUACCCCCACAAUCUGGAGUGCUCCUACAUGAUCAUCGCCCCGCCCCACAUGGACAUCACCCUCACGUUCCUGACCUUUGACCUUGAGAACGACCCCCUGUUGGUGGGAGAGGGCGACUGCAAGUACGACUGGCUGGACGUGUGGGACGGCCUUCCACAAGUGGCUCCUCUGAUUGGACGUUACUGCGGAACAAAGAUCCCUCCAGAGAUCCAGUCGUCCUCCGGCCUGCUGUCCCUCUCCUUCCACACCGACAUGGCCGUGGCCAAAGACGGCUUCUCCGCCCGCUACAACAUGACGCACAAAGAAGUCACAGACUCCUUCCACUGUAGCAUGGCACUCGGUAUGGAGUCGGGGAAAAUCAGCGACGAUCAAAUCACGGCGUCAACAACCUUCUAUGACAACCGCUGGUUACCGCGUCAGGCCCGCCUCAACAACGACGACAACGCCUGGACGCCCUCGGAGGACAGCAACAAGGAGUAUAUACAGGUUGACCUCCAUUUCCUCAAGGUUUUGACAGGUAUUGCCACACAGGGAGCCGUAUCCAAAGAGACUCAGAAGUCUUACUACGUCACCACCUUCAAACUGGAGGUCAGCACCAAUGGAGAGGACUGGAUGGUGUACCGGCAUGGCAAGAACCACAAGAUUUUCCACGCGAACACAGACCCGGCCGAGGUGGUUCUGAACCGCGUCCCGCAGCCAGUUUUGGCCCGGUUUGUUCGCAUCCGACCUCAGACCUGGAGGAACGGCAUCGCCCUUCGCUUCGAGCUCUACGGAUGCCAGAUUACAGAUGCUCCGUGUUCAGACCUGCAGGGCCUGCUGUCCGGCCUGCUCCCCGAUGCCCAGAUCUCAGCAUCGUCCAGCAGGGACAUGGUGUGGAGUCCUGGGACCGCCCGCCUGGUGGCCAGUCGCUCCGGCUGGUUCCCUGCCCCUGCACAGCCCCUGACCGGAGAGGAGUGGCUGCAGGUGGACCUCGCUGUGCCCAAGACGGUGCGUGGCGUCAUCACCCAGGGAGCGAGAGGAGGAGACGCAGCGAGCGGAGCCACCACCGAUAACCGGGCGUUUGUUCGGAAGUACAAAGUCGCGUACAGCCUGAAUGGAAAAGAGUGGAAUUUUAUCAUGGACAGCAAGACCAGCCUGCCCAAGAUUUUCGAGGGCAACACACACUACGACACCCCGGAGCUCCGUCACUUUGAGGAGACUGUGGCCCAGUACAUCAGGAUCUAUCCAGAGAGAUGGUCACCAGCAGGAAUUGGGAUGAGAGUGGAGAUACUGGGCUGUGACCUUCCAGAAACCACAACACCGGCAGACACAGUCACACCAACUCUUCCAGCUGACAUUGAAACCACCACAGUCCCCCUUACAACUACAGCAUCCACCGCCCCUCCAUCAGACAGUGUGUGUGACUUUGACCAUGGCCUGUGUGGGUGGACGCACGACCCCAACGCCCCACUCUUCUGGUCCCUGCACAGCCACGAGCCCAACAGCUACCUGUACAUGGACGCGAGCCUGAAGACGGAGCAGCAGCAAGCCCGACUCGUGAGCCCCGUGGUGGCCGCCGACACCGGGCCCCUCUGCCUCCUCUUCUCGUACCAGAUAUGGGGGGAGGCUCAGGGCCACCUGAAGGUCCUGGUGCGGGACGGCCACAACGAAGAGACGGUGCUGUGGACACUAAAAGACGAUCAGGGCCCCGUGUGGAAGGAGGGUCGCACCAUCCUGCCCCGCUCCCCUAAAGACUUCCAGGUUGUGAUGGAGGGUUUCUUUGUGCACGGCACCAGAGGACACAUCUGGAUAGACAACAUCCACAUGAGCUCGAGUUCCCCGCUGAAAGAAUGUACACAACCCAUCGCAGCCUUUUCUCCUGAAAAUCCAGGGGGAGGCGUUCCUGUGCCUCCCUUGCCCAUCCACUGGUAUUACAUUAUGGCCGCCGGGGGCGCCCUCCUUCUCCUGGCAGUGGCCAUCUUGGUCAGAGCUCUCUGUUGCUGUCGACAACACCUGGCCACCAAGAAGAGCCAGCUGUCAGUGGCCUAUCACAGCUCUUCGCAGUGCUUCCAGUAUUCUAACUGGUCCUCCAGUAUGGCCACCCCAGGGGUGGAGCCAGUCCUGACAGUGAGGUUGGACAGCCGGGACCGACACCGAACCCUCUGCUAAAAAGAAGCACUUAGCUGCGUUGUAUUUGGCAGAGGAGGACGCCAACUUGUGAUGUCGGUGGCAGCGAGUCAUGAUGCCGCAAGACUGACAGAACAUCCACUCGACGAACCCUCCCUCCUUUAGUUUACAGCUGCAGUGCUGAUGAUGACACAGACACUGUCCCAAAUUGCUAAGUGAAAAUUUGCAAAGAAACACUGUGGUCUCUCGCUCAGUCUCUAAUGGAUGUAGCUUCGGGUGCUGUUCUCUUCUCUGUUUCAUUAAGGAGUUUGCUGUUGACAUUUCACACUAUGCUGCUCCUGAUGAGAGGACUGAAGUCUGAGUAAGUUAUUUAUCUGAGCAGCUUGUUUCGGACCAUUGAGUGCCGUCUGGCUCCUCAUAACCCCAGCGGUCCUCCUGGAAUGACCCCAGCAUGGACGUACACACAGACAUGUGUGGGCUGGGAAGAGGAGGGGGUCGAGCCGGUUCCGCUGCGAGAGCCAGCCAGAGCUGCCAAACCACAAGGCUAAAACAAGACCCCAGAGACAUGAGGAGCUCUGCAGUGCUGAGAGAGAGAGAGAGGAGAAAACUGUUAGGCUGAGAGGCAUUCAAUGUGCUCGCUGUGGAAAUGAUCUGGCAAGCCCGAGAAAAUAAAGCUCUUGGUAUCUUUGUAAUAACAACACAGGAUAGCUCCGAUACGAGUUGUGCCAAUGGUGAGGGUGUUGUAACAGAGGAGAGAAAAAAUAAAUGUCUCCAUUGUCCUUUUCAACAAAGCAUGUGCACAUUUAAAAACAAAGGAAUGCAAAUCCAUCAUACUUAAAGUCCUGCAUCACAAAUGGAGAUAACCAGCUCGUUUGAUUGAACGUCUCGUCUUCUCCUGAUAAAGGCAUCAGUCAGUGAUGGAUGCAGCCGUCUUCAGUGUUUAGUGUUUCAUCUUGAUUCUCUGGUGUAAUAAAGCACGUUGUUCCACUCCCAUUUAUGCUCCAUACCACCCACUCCCGUUGUUCCCCAUGUCUUUGAGCUGCCCAGAUGAAAGCCAUGCCGAGCCAAGCCUUGUCGUGUUUUCAGUGUGAAUAUGUACUUGUUGUUUUUAGGGUUGUAAAUAGACACAGCUGUCUGCCAUCUCCACUUCUUCCUUGAUUUAUACUCCUACAAAUCCCACAAUGCCGCUGGACCAGCUGGAAGCCAUAAGUGAAGUGUUUUGCUGUAUAUGUGCACCACUGAGAGGGAUCCAAGAUAUUAUGAAAACCAGAGCAGAGCGCCAGCUAUUGAUGGUCUUUUCCUUUAGUGCCAUAGGAGCACCACGAGCGACUGUUAACAUAAAAUCAAACAUAGCUAAUGCACUUCUUACUAAUAUUUAACACAUCUGGGAUCUAAAAGCCUAUUUUAUUGUAAUUUUUUUCAAAAAAUCUGACUGAGAUCAACACAUUGGCACCGAUUUCUCUCUCAUCAGUUGGUACAGAGGGGGUGAGAUUUGACACGAGCUCAGUUUAACACUCUGGACUGAAUGAAAUUGAGGUCUUCACUCUUUGGCUUAAUGGGGCGUGCUUUUGUGGUCUGUCACAGCUGCAAAAAUCCAUCACCUACUAGCCCACAGCUCAGCAGAAUGCACCUCAAUUUGUUGUCACAAUUUAGAAGCUGCACUUUUCUUCCCAAGUGGAAAGAAAAAAAAAACGUGUUUUUUUGGCACACUCCCACUAUGUGCUUUUAAAUCAACUUGGGGAGGAGGGAUUGGACACCCUACUUGCAUCUCAACACCAUUACGCUCCAAGCCUCUAAUAGUUGUAAUUAGUUAAUGGACAGAUAACAUUUAUUAAGGCUGCGGUAAGCACUUUUCCCUCCCAUCUACCGCACCUCUAUCGCCCAAUCGGCUGCCAACUUCAGUUGCCCUGGAAACAGCAUUAAUAAUGCCAUUGGCCAUCAAAGACCUCCAGCUCUAGACGUGUGCCUUGCCAAGCAGUUACUCCCACUCCUGAACGCUUGCCAAGAGCAGCAAACACACACUCGCGCAUAGACACAAACUCACAACGCACAAAGUAAAAAAGAAAACUCAUCUAAAGUAUAAGUACACUCGAGCUAUUGGGCUCCACUAAAGUGCUGCAGCCAUUGCUAGUUUUGCCACACUUGUAAUCUUCCAAUUCAGGCACUCACAUACAUAUCAAUUUUCAGUUCACGUCGCCUGGCAGUUCCGUUCGCCCAAAGCACGAGCACUACUUACAUGUGUUGCCAUUAGUUGUUUUGUUUUUUAAUUUUCUUUAAUCAUUUAAUACACCACUCUUAAACUUGACAGUAACAGUGUUGAUGAUUUUAACAGUGAUAAUGAUGGGUAAUGUUAUUUGAUGAUGACAUGUUUGCAUUUUUAUUUACACAGAAUGAGCAGUCUUAUACCAUCAGUAUCCUAUGUGAUGACUGUGUGUGGCAGGAAUGUAUCUUAACGAUCUUUCUCUAUUAAUAAAGUCAUAUUUUUCUACUA